GCCGGCAUGGCAGCCCCGGCCUCCAUCCCGGGCGGCUGCGAGGAGCUGGGCACCUCACCUUGAGCAGAGCCCCAGUUACAACCCAUCCACGGCCGGAGAAGGAGGAAAGGGCUACACAGCAGCAAAACCCAGUGGCUGUUUGGGCAGCAGCCAUUUCUCCUUGCCUUGAACUCCCGGGAAAGCAGGAUGAAGGACGUUUCUCACAGUGGAGUGACUUGCUGCAGCAGCCAAGAGUACAAGCGGAACUACAGAGAGCACGUGGUCCGGGAGUUCCUCCGAGACGGAGCAGGGGACUCCAGUCGCGGGGAGAACCCAUCCAUCCGCAGCCACUACACCGCCCUGACCAUCGCCAGGGAGCCUCGGAGCGGGCACGGAGCUGAGCGUGGAGCUGUGGGAUGUGCCAACACCAGCAAUGGACCAGCCACCGUCACCGUCACCGCACAGACGCUGUUCAGACCCGACGAGGACGGGCAAACACCGCGGGUCGUGGUGCUGGUGGGGGCCCCGGGGAUGGGGAAGACGACGACGGUCAGGAAGGUGAUGGUGGAGUGGGGAGAAGGGACCCUCCACGAGCAGUUUGACUGUGUCUUCUGCAUUGACUGUAAAGGCACUGCCCUUCCCAAGGAAGCGAGCGUGGCAGACCUGGUUUCACAGUGCUGCCCUCACCAGCGAGUGCCGGCUGGGAGGAUCCUGGAUGACCAGAAGAUCCUGUUCAUUUUUGAUGGCUUUGAGGCCCUGGGAUUUUCCUUGGUUCAGCCUGAAGCUGAGCUGAGCUCUGACCCCAGGGAGGUGAAGCCGCUGGAAACCACCCUGAUGAGCUUGUUGAAGGGGACUGUUCUCCCAGAGGCUUCUUUGCUCAUCACCACGAGGCCAACGGCUCUUCAAAGCCUGGGGCGGUGCCUGGAGGGGGAGUAUUACGCAGAGAUACUGGGAUUUUCAGCAGCCAUGAGGGAGGAAUAUUUCCACAGAUAUUUUGAGAAUGCCAAUAAAGCUAACAUGGCCUUCAGGUUUGCCAGAGGCAAUGAGAUCCUCUACAGCUUGUGCAUCAUCCCCAUCAUGAGCUGGACUGUCUGCACCAUCCUUGAACGAGAGCUUUGCAGGAAGAAAAACCUCCUUGAGUGCUCCAAAGCCACCACAAGGAUGACCAUGUCUUACCUCUCCCAGUUACUGAAGCACAGGGACAGGGACAAUCCGCAGGUCCUCCAGAGGUUUCUUCUCCGGCUUUGCUCCAUGGCUGCUGAUGGCAUCUGGAAGCACAAGGUCCUCUUUGAGGAGAAGGAGAUCAGGGACCGUGGCUUGGGCCAGCCAGACCUUCUUCCCCUCUUCCUCAACGAGAAAAUCUCAAAGGAAGGUGGAGACCACGGGAAGGUCUAUGGCUUCACCCAUCUGCACCUCCAGGAGUUUUUUGCAGCGAUGUUUUAUGUUCUGGAGGACGAUGAGGAAACGGUCAGUGACUUGGGGGGUCUUGAGAAGGAUGUAAGUAAGUUACUAGAAAGCUACAGUGAGUCCAGGAAGGAUUUGAAUGUAACAGUGCAGUUCCUCUUUGGUUUAGUGAGCCAAAAAUCCAUAGAGUAUGUGGACAAAACCAUUGGGUGCAGGAUUUCACCACAAGCCAGGGAAGACUUGCUGAAGUGGUUUCAGGGGAGGCACAGGAGCAUCUCCCACCCCAGCCAAGCGCUGAAGAUUUCGGAGUUGGACACUUUCCACUUCUUGUUUGAGAUGAAUGAGAAGAGCUUUGCACAAAGUGCGUUGGGUCCUUUCAGUGACCUGGACUUGCAGGACAUGAAGUUGACUCUCUAUGACCAAAUGGCACUUUCCUUCUGCAUCCAGCAGUGGGCUGGGCUGGGCUGUGUCACCCUCCGGGGAUGCUCCUUCCACCAGCAGGAUCCCAGGGUGGAGCUGGAUGCGUUGGUGCCCUGCUCUGGAGCCUCGGGAGCUGGAGGACGUCCUGGUGCCACCGCUGAGCUGCGGCAGGAGGAGCUGCACUGCCCCAUCCACCUGCUGUGCCAGGCACUGCAGCACGCAGGCAGUGCCCUGCGGGUGCUCCGCUGCAGUUGGUGCCGGCUGUCCGAGAGCUGCUCGCGAGCUGGCGGGCGCUGCUGGCCGGAACACCCAGCCUGCGCAGCUGGAGGCUGGGCGGACGGCGCGCUGGGCGACCGCGGCGUGCGCCUGCUGUUGCCAGGAGGGCUCGGCGUCCUGGCUUGCCGCCUGCGCGUCCUGGCGCUGCGUUAUUCCCGCCUCACCAGCAGCUGCUGUGAGGACCUCGCUGCCGUGCUGGGCACCAGCCCGUGCCUGGAGGAGCUGGAUUUGUCCUUCAGCGAGGGGCUGCGCGAUGCCGGGGUGCAGCUGCUGUGCCAGGGGCUCCAGCACCGCGCCUGCCCACUGCAGACACUGCGGCUGGGGAGCUGCCGGCUGACGGGCGCCUGCUGCCCAGCCCUGGCUGCACAGCUGCUGGAGGGGCCUCAUCUCACCUGCCUGGACCUGAGUGACAACGAUCUGGGAGCUGAUGGCAUCCUGCAGCUCUGCCAGCAGCUCCGGCAUCCCGCCUGCCCACUGCGGACCCUGGGGCUGAGCACAGACGGGUUAAGCCAGGACGUGCUGCAGGAACUGGCCACUCUCCGGGCCCUGAAGCCCGAUCUGAAGAUCAGGAACCUCCUGGAGCAUGAUGUGCCAGAGGUGGGGGCCAUGGCCCGGCUGCCCUGCCACCGUGGGGUCCAGCCAGGCGGCAGGAAGGCACUUCCCUCCUUCAGGAGAGCUCCAAUCCUUUAGGAAAGGUCCUUCCAAAAACCAGAGCCAUUCCCAGCCUAGUUCUUGGUGCUGCCAUGUGAGUCUGAGCCUGUGCCACACAGGGGGGCACAGGGAGGAGACCCUGCUGCACCUGCAAGAUGUCCAGCUCCUGUCUUCUCCUUUUUCCCCACAGUGUUGGUGGGAGUAACUGUAUGGGUUUGUC